CCGGUUCCGAACCGCCACAGGGAGGGAACACGACGUUCGGUUCGCUUCCCACAGUGCGGCCGCCGUGGCCUCGUUGCGGUAAAUGUGUUCUUAAUAAUGAUAAGUCAUAAUGCAUUUAUUUAUUUGUUUUAUUUUAAGGUUUAUUUAAGAUCCUGAGAGAAAAAACGGACAUGGAUGGAGUGAGUAACAGCAGCAGGACCAGGUCUUAUAGUCGUUGGAGUUACGACAGCACGCUGGACGAUGAGGGCGGCAGCCUCCGGCAGCAGAAGCUGGACCGACAGCGUGCGCUGCUAGAACAGAAGCAGAAGAAGAAGCGACAGGAGCCUCUCAUGGUGCAAUCCAGCGUGGACAGUCGCUCACGCACCCGCAGGAUCAAGCAGUCGGAGGAACAGGCACCGCUGGUCGAGUCCUACCUCAGUAGCAACAGCAGCACCCUUUACCAUGUGCAAGACGCAGAACUGGAGGAAGUAAAGGAGGUAGCGGACCAACAGGCUCCUCGCUCUGCCAAGAAGACUAAAGCUGCAGCAUCCACUCCACAAGGUGGCAGUGGGAAAAAGGGGAAACUCAAAGCGGUCGAUGGCUUGGCUGCUUUCCAGGAUGAGGCACAUGACCUGAGCAGUCAGAUCCAAGUCCUGUCUGCAGCAGAUGAGAUCAAGUGUUGUGGACAGCUGCAGACCAAGCAGGACCUCAGGGUGGCCAUGUUUAAGAAAGGAAUUUCCAGUAGUUUGAAUUUUGAUGAAGAGGAGGAUGAUGCAGAAGAAGACAGCUCCUGUUCUUCCCAGCUUAACAGUAACACUCCACCAAGUUCUGCCACGAGCAAGAAGUCCAGUAAGGAGGCUGCUUCAGUCUCUACACCUCCAUCCAGCCAACCUGCCAUAGAUGUGGGGGACCUGCAGGAGUUCUCCCUGAGACCAGCACCCCAAGCGGUCACCGUGAAGUGCAGGAUCACUCGGGACAAGAAGGGCAUGGACCGGGGAAUGUACCCCACCUACUACCUCCACCUCGAAAAGGAAGAUGGGAAGAAGGUGUUCCUCUUGGCAGGACGGAAGCGAAAGAAGAGCAAAACAUCCAAUUACCUCAUCUCCAUCGACCCAACCAAUUUGUCUCGAGACGGAGAGAGUUUCAUCGGCAAGCUGCGGUCAAACCUGAUGGGUACCAAGUUUACAGUGUAUGACAGUGGCACAAAUCCUGCGAAAGCCGCCUCCGGUCUAGAGUCAAGCAAGCUGCGUCAGGAGCUGGCUGCUAUCUGCUACGAAACAAAUGUUUUAGGUUUCAAAGGACCUCGUAAAAUGAUUGUUAUUAUUCCUGGAAUGAACAUGGACCAUGAAAGAGUGUCUCUCCGACCACAAAAUGACCAUGACACUCUGCUGGCACAGUGGCAGAACAAGAACACAGAGAGUGUGAUUGAACUCCACAACAAGACACCUGUGUGGAAUGACGACACGCAGUCCUAUGUGCUCAACUUCCAUGGCAGGGUCACCCAGGCCUCCGUCAAGAACUUCCAGAUCAUUCAUGAUAACGAUCCUGACUACAUUGUGAUGCAGUUUGGCCGUGUGGCUGAAGAUAUCUUCACCAUGGACUACAACUACCCCAUGUGCGCCCUGCAGGCCUUCGCCAUUGCCCUCUCCAGCUUUGACAGCAAGUUGGCCUGCGAGUAGCAAACCCCUGUCCAGAG